AUGGAGACACGUCGUCGACGAAGCGACGGAGGGCUGGAGCAGCAACGCGGUGCACCACCGCGCCGUCUAAGAGGAAGGCCGCGCCGGGAGAAUGUCCGUCACGAGCAACCUGAGCAACUGACUCUUCCCUCUCCUCCACCGCCGCCUCCACCGCCGCCUCCUCCUCCUUCUCCGACGUCUCUGUUACCUUCUCCGCCGUCCUCGCCUGAACGACAGGAAUCCCCGGUGCACUCACCGGAGGUUUCGGGAGAUAGGACGCUGCUAGCUCAGGCUCCGAUCACUAACCGCGAUUGGAGACGCCUGAUCUGCAAUGUUGAUGGCAUACGGCAACGAAACGAAUACUUGCAGGAACAGUUAGAGUACUAUCGUCACAAGCAGCAAGACGAGGGAGAGCGGGAAGCAGAGGCUGUUGCGGAGUUCGAGCCGUUCUCGGCGGCGGUGAGGGAGGUGGCCAUCCCGGACAACAUGAAGAACCUUGUUCUUGAGACGUACAGUGGAAAGACCGAUCCAAAGGAUUAUCUGCUUUAUUUAAACACGAAAAUGGUUAUGAGCUCAGCUUCCGACGCGGUGAAGUGCAAGAUGUUCUCUUCGACGUUUAAGGGUACAGCAAUGGCUUGGUUCAAGACUCUACCUCGGAGAUCUAUCACAAAUUUUCGCGACUUCUCGUCGAAGUUCCUUGUUCAAUUCUCUGCGAGUAAGAUCAAGAAGGUAACGAUCGACGAUCUGUAUAACGUCCGCCAGUCAGAGGGUGAAACUUUGAAACAAUAUGUGAGGCGGUUCAAUGCAGCAUCUGUUAAGAUUGAGGAGUCGGAACCGCAUGCCUGUGCGCGAGCUUUUAAGAAUGGACUGCAUCCGGGGAAGCUGAACAGUAAGUUGAGUCGUAAGCCCGCUCGGUCAAUGGCAGAAGUACGUGCUCGGGCGAACACCUACAUCUUGGAUGAGGAGGAUGACGCUUUCAAAAGGAAGCGCGCAAAGAAGGAGAAGGACGGCGACUAG